AUGGACCCUAGUGUACAUCUUGACGGUGAACAUGCCGUGUUCAUCAAUUCCACCGUGAAUUCCGUCUACGAACUUAUCAAUGCCAUUCCUGGCUCCCAUCUCGUCCUAUCCUACGUCAAAAAUGCCUACCAAGACGACCCAUUCCGCAUCAUUCUCGAACUAUUUCUUGUUUUCUUUGCUUUAAAAUACAUGCUUUCCAAAAAGUACAAGCCUCAAGAUAAUGCCGUUAAACUUACUGAAAAGGAAAUAGAUGAUCUCGUUGAAGAAUGGAAACCAGAACCAUUGGUUCCACAACUCUCGUCAUUCGAUAAAAUGAAUCUUGAAAAGGCUCCUUUAAUCAUUGGUGCACAGUCCGUCAAGCCCAAGGUAGCAGGCCACGCAAAGCCGCUUAUGAACUUGGCAUCGACCAAUUAUCUCGAAUUACAGGCUUCCGAACGUAUCCGACAAAAGGCGAUUGACACGCUCAAGGUGUAUGGUGUUGGCUCGUGCGGCCCACCUGGUUUCUAUGGCACGAUUGAUGUUCACAUGGAUUUGGAGCGCGACAUUGCUCAGUUUUUGGGCACCGAAGAGGCUAUCAUCUAUGCUCAAGGCUUCUCGACGAUCUCUUCGGUCAUUCCUGCUUUCUCUAAGCGUGGUGAUUUGCUCGUUGUCGAUGAUGGUGUUGGCUUUUCCGUUCAAAAGGGUGUCCAGAUUUCUAGAUCAAAUGUUCGCUAUUUCAAGCAUAAUGAUAUGCAGGAUCUUGAACGAGUUUUGGAUGACAUUCGUGUUGAUGAUAUGCACAAGCGAAAGCUCACUAGACGAUUUAUUGUAACUGAAGGCCUUUUUGCUAACCAUGGUGAUAUUGCUCCUCUCGCUAAACUGAUUGAAUUGAAACGCAAGUUCAAGUACCGUUUAAUUCUCGAUGAAUCUCAAUCUAUUGGUGUUCUUGGCACCCGUGGUGCUGGUUUGACUGAUUUAUUUAAUAUCGAUGCCAAGGAAGUUGAUAUGAUUGUUGGAUCCAUGUCCAAUGCCUUGUGUGCAUCUGGCGGUUUCUGUGCUGGCAAUGUCCAAAUUGUCGACCAUCAACGACUUUCUGGUAGCGCUUACUGUUUCUCGGCCUCGAUACCUGCUAUGCUUGCCGUGUCGGCAUCCGAAGCCCUCAAGUAUAUCCAAGAGAAGCCUCAAAUCCUCCGCGAGUUGGCCGAUCGUUCGCGUGCUUUCCGUCAAAUCCUGUCACACAAGUCUUUGGAGAACCUGGUUGAUUUAUCCGGCAGUGAUGUGUACUCUCCUGCACCCUUCUUCCACGUCCGUGUGAACCCUGCCUUUCUACGAUCGCGCGGUCGUGAUGACAUUUCUCGUGAAGACGAGGAACGUCUGUUACAGGAUGUGGUCGAUGAGUGUGCUAGCCAGGGCGUUUUGAUUACCCGUGCUAAAUACGUUUAUGACCAAGAACGUAGCUGUCCUCGUCCAAGCAUCAAAAUCUAUGUCACGAUCGGCUUGACCAAGAAGGAGAAUGACAAGGCUGCUGGCGUUGUCAAGUCUGCCAUCGUCAAGGUGUUUGGCAAAUGGAAAAAGUAA